AUGCUCACACAAACACGACGGGGACUCUUUGUAAUUCUGUUGCUGCGUCUCGCGGCGGGGUCUGCCAGCAAUGAUGACACAACCCCAGUCCCUGGAGGUAAACAUGGAGACUCUCUUGAAGAUCCUCUUGAAGACAUCGUCGAUUCCUUCGACAAACUUCUCGGCAGUUCGAUUGUGAAAGAAAAACUUGCCGAGCUGACUAGAAAGACAGGAAGUAAAAGAGAACAAAUAAUCAUCCUGAAAAAGUCCGACAUUGCCGAUGAUAUUCCAGAGGGGGAACUGCACAACACAUCCUCCAUCGAGAAAGAUAGGAGAUGUAACGCUCGUCGUGAACACCACGAUUGAUAGCGCACGUGGUGAAGAUGGAGUGAUGAUCACCUUCCAAACGGAGGUGAAACCACCGCCGAAUGCCAAGGUUUGCAAGACAGACAAGAAUUGUGACAAACAGCAAUUUUGCCAUCGGGAGAUCUUCCUCGGCUUCGAUCUCAGCUACUGCAUGGCCUGCUCCAAAAACGGCGACAGGUGUCACGCUGACAGCCACUGCUGCGACAAGAGCCUGUGUCGGUGGGGGCGCUGUCGAGAGGGCGCCACCAGCGGCCAGAUUGGGACGAUCUGCGUGAAGGACUCGGGCUGCGGUGAAAACGAGUGUUGCGCCUUGGUAGAAGGGAUCGACGAAGCUAUCUGCCGCCCUCUCGCGACUGAGGGCCAGCACUGCUGCAGCAAGGACGAAGCGGAGAAUCUCAAGAAAGGAAACAAAAAGAACAAGUCAUCCCUUUCUCUGUUUGAAAAAUUUAUCCAAGAAAGGAGCAUCCCUUACCAGGGCUUGCCUUUCGAAUGUCUUUGCAUCAAAGGCUUGAAAUGCGUCAACUACGGCCAAACAUUCGUCAGUGUAUUCGAUCUGCCAGAAGCUCAGUACGGCGGAGUGUGCGUGCCGGGAUGGGCCCAGCCAGACCGGCCGGUGGCUCCAACGCUAGACGAGAUCAGCAGGCUGCAAGCCGAGAAGAUAGAAGAUGUCAUCGGUGGCAAGAAGGAGAAAUAAUAACUCCGUGAUACGAGAAAUAUAAUUUACAAAUGUACAUGUAUAUUUUAACCAGAAUUAUUUUCUUGAUGCAUGUAUUGGUCAAACUUAAAUUUACACUUAGGAUUGAUGGGUGUAAUUUAUAGGUUCAAGCGUUUUAUAGUACCCCAUAUCUGUUUUCUCUCCAGUACUUAUCGAUCUUGCCUUUAAACUGCUUGGUUGUUUUUGCGUUCACCACCUCUGCUGGAAGCCCAUUCCACAUAUCUACAACUCUCUGGGAGAAGAAGUACAUGUACUUCCUUAUACAGUCGAGCCCUGAUAAGAAGAGCA